UCGUGAAACCUUUUUCGACGGGAGUCGUUUGGGUUGCACUGAAAAUUAUUCUUUACAAUAACAUUAUGUCAUUAUGCGCCAACCUACGUAAUAAUAAACAGUAAGACCUCCUUAUAACGGAAUCUCUCGGUACCAAAUGAUUUUUAUACCUUAUAAGGAGGUUUGUUAUUAGGAGGUCUUACUGCGUAUUACACAUUUAUGCUUGAUGCAUUUAUUCAUACCCAUAAUAAUAUGAUACUAAUGAAUUUCACGGUUUGCAGAGACGCUGUCGUGCGAUCACACCAAAGUGACACCGUACUUCAUCGAGUCGAUCAACUCCAACGUCGGAUUUUGGUCGUUACCUUGCGCCAACCGAUUUUACUUCAACUUGGGCCUUUGCGAUCCGCCGGAGUCCGAGUACGUUUUGAUGGGCGAACACGUGACACACAAAGCUCGUGGUAUUUAUUACUUGCACACGAACGCGAAAAAACCUUACGCCAGAGGCUUCCCCAAGAAGACGCUGAAGACGUGAUCGUCGUCAUCGAUCUGCAGCCGUGCGCGGACGUUUGCAACUUCCCGCAACGAUACACUCAAUAUAAUAAUAAAAUAUAACAAAAAAAAGGCCUAGUCAAAUAAUAUUAUGUGUAUUAUUAAUAUUGUUUUGUGCGCACUGAUACCACAGAAUAGAAUAUAUUAUUUUAAUCUAUUCUGUGCCGACAUCGUCCGCAUAUUAUAAUAUUAUAAGACCUUAGAUCAAACACAACGGACAGAGCCACUAUGCGUUAUAAACGAGCACUACACGUGUUUGAAGACAUCAUUAUCGACAAGUCGCCAGACGACUGACUUCAGCAAACGCUCAUGCGUGUCAGUACACUCGUCGCGUAUUUAUUAUACGGGUACAGUGAAACUUCCAUAAAAUCACGAAGUCUCGCGGACAACGAAUACAAUUCGUAUCAUAGAGAAUAUCUUUAGAUAGAAUUUAGAAAUAAAUUUUCAAAUUUCAAAUUUGGUUUGGUUCAUACAAAUAUGUUUUUAAACAGAAAGUGUUGUCGAAUGGAAGUUUCACUGUUUAUAAAGUCAUAACCAGCGAUGACACGAAUCGCGCGUGAUAACGGAUGUACUUACCAACCGAACGCGAAUUUUUCCCAAUUCCACUACCAUUGUUGCUGCGUUGGCUUCAAACAUUUAGUCAGGUGUAGCUCUGUCCAUUGUGUAUAAUAUGAUCUAAGUAUAAGGCAUACAUACUUUUAUUGUUGAUAAUUAUAAAAUGAUAAUAUUAUGUCGUAGUGUAUGCAUACUGGCCUCGUGCUUAUUACUGCGUACAUACAUGUAUGUUGCUUCUGUAUAUAUUUAUCCGGACGGUGAAUGUUUCAAGUUUUUUGUGAUCAUAGAUUAUAAUAUUUUGUAAAUAAUUAUUAUCUGUAUAUAAAACAGACGAAUAGUGUUACUGCAGCGUAUUAUAGUCAACACUGGUGUAGUUGUAGACUUGUAGUAUAAUUUACUAUGUUCGUACAACUGUGUCGUAUAUUAUUGUUCGAUCGUUUUGAAACCGUUAAGUUGGAACGAAAACGCUAACAAUUGCAUUAUAAUAUAUAUAUUAUGUGUAUUAGGAUUAGGCACGUGCGUCGUGCAGACGAUAAAUGUCGAGAAAAAAAAUAUGUCAAUUUAGUUUAGAAUAAUUAGUAAAAAAUGGUCUAGUGGUAAUGAAUAAAUAUAUGUAAAUUAUUAUUUUAUUAUGACGCGUCCCAAUAAUAAUAUAAUACAGGUUAUAGUAGUAUAUGAAAUUUCCUAUUAUGACAUCACAAUCGAAAAUUGUAUUUUAUUGCCAUAUAUAUUAUUAUUAUAUUACAAUUAUUGAAAAUAAAAUGUUUAUUGUAAC